ACCUUCGGUCGCCUAGCUAGCUAAGCGCGCGCCCGGGCCCAGCAGCUGCGCACUGGCGAUGCGUACAGUUUCGCGGGGUUUCUCUCAGUAGUUGCAGCGAAGUUUGGCUUAAAGGCUGCUACGGAAUAGUGGCUCCAGUUUUGUUGCAUAUUAUUGUAUUGUACCAUAUUUUUGAAUAUAAAGUCACUGGUGACUACACUAGGUACUGAUGAAGUUUUAUGACCAUACGAAGUCUACUUUCGUCGUUACGGCGUGAAAUCUAAGGCACACCAGGGGUGAGAUCUGACCCGUUUGGUUCACUCUGUCGUACUUCGACGCUAUCGGCUCAGACAGUGCUACCAACAAAUAGAGCUGGUCAGCUAGACGGAAUAAUGUCAAGAAGGAGAAGCAACCGAUUGCAGACAAGACAAGAAUCUCUGUUACCUGCUCAAGAGAGUGAGGGAGAAUUCACCAUUUGUUCGAGAAAGAGGAAAAUUAGGGAAGAUGACGUGGAUGAUGAACUGCAUUCUGCAGAAAUCCAACGGAGGAGGCAACAGUUUCAAAUUCAAAAUUCCUGGGUUCCCAUUUCCGAGUCUGGUGGUUUUGAGACAUCAUCACUCAUACCCACCCCACACCAGGAACCAACAACCCCAUCCGAACAACUGCUAGAGUCUGGUUCCAAGUUCCGGUUCCGGAACCUGUUCCCCACCCCACUUACCGACAGAAGAUCCCCCUUGCCAAUACUGAAUUGGGCUGACUCUACUGAAGUCUGGCAAGUGAUGUUGGAGAAAGAGAGUAACUACAUACACAAUACCAGAGUUCUAGAUAGACAUCCGAGCCUAGAGCCUCGGAUGAGAGCAAUUCUACUAGACUGGCUGAUUGAAGUCUGUGAAGUUUACCGGUUACACAGGGAGACUUUUUACCUUGCUGCCGACUUUGUAGAUAGAUAUUUGUCAAAAACUUCAAACAUACCAAAGACCAAGCUACAGUUGAUAGGAAUUACAGCGUUAUUCAUUGCAGCUAAACUGGAGGAAAUCUAUCCUCCCAAACUUGCCGAGUUUGCUUACGUCACAGAUGGUGCUAGCACAGAGCCAGAAAUACUGGACCAAGAGUUGGUCAUGCUGAAGACAUUGAAGUGGGGCCUGUCGCCAGUGACUGUCAAUACUUGGUUGAAUAUCUAUCUUCAGCUUAGUAGACGUAGUCACACCACACGGAGCAGCCACAACUUCUUACUACCAGAAUACUCAGGGCAUCAGUUUGUACAAAUAGCUCAGCUUCUAGAUUUGUGUAUAUUGGACAUAGGCUGCCUCCAGUUUGAUUACAGUGUUAUCGCUGCAUCGGCCUUGUAUCAUAUGACGUCUCAAGAGCUAGCCUUAGAAGUGACAGGUUUGAAGUGGGAUGAUAUAGCUACCUGUGUCCACUGGAUGUCGGCGUUUGCAAUAACGGUACGAGAGAUGGGACUAGCUGAGUUAACAGGCUUCAGAAGUGUCUACUCUGAUGAUGCUCAUAACAUCCAAACACAUGCCAAUCAACUGAGUAGUCUGGACAGAGCUCUUGAUAGAUUACAGCAGAUCAUGCAGCCAUUGGACAGUAGCCCCAUCCAUAUGGCUGGUGUCCUGACACCUCCACACAGUCAUCAUAAAGGUUACACACAGACAGUCGACCUAUGAAACCAGUGGAGUGAAGAUCUGAACCUAGCUCUAGACAACGGAUUUGGAUGCAGCCUAAAACAGUCACUUGCAAUUUUAAAUUGGAUGUUUGGUAUCCUGAGUGUUUUCUAUUACACUUACACAUCCAAAUAGAAUUUCUUCAGACUGAAUGCCCAGUUCUUACACCAAGUGAUUUGGGGCAAGGAAUUUUGACUUCUGGAAUGGUCUGGUGUCUUGACUUUGUGCUAUUCUCAUCCACUGUGAACAAGAUGUCAACAUUGCUGAACGUCUUUUACCAAAUUGUAAGAUUUCUGUCAGAUCAGGUGGCAAUAGACCGAUUGCGCCAGCUAAAUCACACGACCUAUACUGGGUAUCAACCCCACAUCAACGUGUGUUUUUAGUGUUGUUUACAAACAAUACAGCCAAGUCACAGUACAGUACCCAGUUCAUCAGUUGUCCGAGUACAGUACCUACCGUUAGCUUUAUUUUUGGUAAAUGAUACCUAGGAAACACUUAGCUUUUUGGUCGCGUGUUUGUUGAUAUUUAAUACCCACAAAAGGUGACGUGACUUAGCAGGUGCAAUCGGUCUAUAGUUGCAUUAGUAUCUUCACUAUAAAGAAGUCAUGUGGAUGGUAACAUGUAUCAAACAUGCAAACAAUUUAGUGAGAAAGAUUUUAUUUAAAUUUGGUUCA